AUUCGAUUCUUGAAUGGCUCUUAGGGUUUCGGAACUGUCUCGAGGAGUUUCCCUGAGGUUUUGGUGUGUUUGGACUGCAGGAAACUUCGCGGGAAAGUUCUUCAACUGAGUUUGGAGAGAGCAUGAACUCUUCAUCCACCCACUUUGUCACCUCGAGAAGGAUUGGCAUAUACGAGCCACUCCACCAGAUUAGCACGUGGGGAGAAAGCUUCAAAACUAAUGGUUGUCCAAAUACAUCAGCAUCCACAAUCGCAGAGUUGGAAGCCAAACUAGACAAUCAGUCAGAGGACACUUCACAUGGAACACCUGGACCUUCUGAAAAGUAUGACCAAGAAGCUACUAAGCCUGUUGAUAAGGUACAAAGACGUCUUGCACAAAACCGUGAGGCUGCUCGUAAAAGCCGUCUGAGGAAAAAGGCCUAUGUUCAGGAGUUAGAAUCUAGUAGGGUGAAACUGAUGCAAUUAGAGCAAGAACUCGAGCGUGCUAGACAACAGGGAUUGUAUCUAGGUGCUGGGUUAGAUGCUGGUCAUCUAGGGUUCUCUGGAGCUGUAAACUCAGGAAUUGCUGCAUUUGAGAUGGAGUAUGGUCAUUGGGUAGAAGAACAAAGUAGUCAGAUCUGUGAGCUGAGAACUGCUUUGCAUGCUCAUAUAAGUGAUGUAGAGCUCCGGAUACUGGUGGAGACUGCCAUGAACCACUAUUUCAAUCUUUUCCGCAUGAAAGCUACUGCUGCAAAGGCUGACGUGUUCUACAUGAUGUCUGGCAUGUGGAAAACAUCAGCUGAACGAUUUUUCUUAUGGAUUGGAGGGUUUCGCCCUUCUGAGCUUCUAAAGGUUCUUGUUCCACAGCUGGACCCGUUAACAGACCAACAAAUUUUGGAUGUUUGUAACCUUCGACAAUCUUGUCAACAAGCCGAAGAUGCUCUUACACAAGGAAUGGAGAAACUCCAACAAAUUCUGGCUGAGGCUGUUGCAGCUGGUCAACUGGGUGAAGGAAGCUACAUCCCCCAACUGGCUACUGCUCUGGAGAAAUUGGAAGCUGUGGUGAGCUUCGUGAAUCAGGCGGACCAUCUUCGUCAGGAAACUCUGCAGCAGAUGGUACGCAUCCUAACAAUCCGUCAAGCAGCUCGGGGCCUGCUUGCCCUGGGGGAGUACUUCCAGCGUCUUCGAGCCUUGAGUUCACUCUGGGCUACCCGUCCUCGUGAGCCUGCCUAGUCUUUAGUGGGAAUUUCCACACAGUCAAAACCUCAAUGAGUUGGUCAUCAGCAUAAGUCAUUCAGCAGGCUGCCUGUGGUUAAUGUUUGUCACAAGCAUAUAUAUAGACAUCAUCCAAGCUGCUGACAUUUUUCAAGCAGCCCCCAAAAAUUGAGAAUUUGUAAAUAUGAACAGCCAUUUUAUCAUGAGGCAAUAAGUAAUUUUCGGUGGCUGCUUGUAUAUUGUAUUGUUUCACAAGGUAAUUUAGUUGAAUAGGCUUCAUGUUUGGGGGGAUGGAUGGAGCCUGUCAUAUGAACUUUCAGGUGUUUCUGUGUAUUUCAGUGUUUAUAGUAUGAUGGUUGUGUAUUUUGCUAUGAAAUGCCUUGGAAAUGAAGGGAUAUCUAUACGGGAACAACCCAGUGCCAAUAAAAUCUUCAUUGGAUCAUGGUUGGAUGGAGAUGUCCAUGGGUGUUUUCCUUCUUCCAAGUUCAGGUUUCUCUC